AUCAAUCGGGCCACUUUAAUCAAUCUCCUGAUUCUAUCAAAUGCACGUACCAUAUACGAAUUUUCCGAUUCGGGCGGCUAUCGGGGCGCUUUUGGCAGCUGGACCGGUCAAUGGUACAUCAACUGGCGUGCGGGCCAACCAGCCGUCGUCACACUGAAGCCACACGAUUCGCACUCGCCUGCGACUGACGUAUACCCUCCUACGUUUCCAGCCAGAGUUGAUCGGUGUGUUCAGAUGAUGGCUGGUGUUGUAGCCGAUGCAGCAGCGCCCGAGUCCUUUAGUGUCGCUUUCCCAGGACGUUUAGCACCAGGUCAUUACAGGCUUAAGCAUCAAAAGAACGGUUUCGGUCUAUCGCAUGGAAGCAGACACAUCUACAAUAUGAACGGUGGGAAGGUGUUCGAAAUCGACUUCCUUUUCCCCCAUCCAAUGGAUGAGUUCGAUGUACAGGAGUCAGGGAAAAAUGCACGAGGCGGAGAGGACGCGUUCCAAUUCCUGCUGCCAUCUCUGACAGGCGAGCGCAACGUGACGCUUCAUGUCAUUCCGCAAGAUAUCGCGACUCUCCGUAAGGCUUUGGACAGACUGCCUUGGGCCAAUCUCUCGUGGUCAAUGCAUCGGGGUAUGAGAGACAUACUGAUGCACGUGGCUGCCGAAUCUAUGGACCAGUAUCGAGUAGAGCUCGCCCAACACCUUCGAGAUGCCGCCCAGACAUAUCACGCAAAGUUGGUCAGCUCAGGGUGGGACAGCGAUUUCGCAAAGCACCAAAUGGGUGAAAUGGCAGCGAGUGCCGUCCUCGCGGGUCGCGGCAACUCCGGCGACGCUGUGCGCAUAGUCACGGCGCUGGCUGAGCAGAUACACAGUGUACACGGCGGAACAACACAGCAGCGCGAUACGACUAGCUUCUGGGGAAAUAUUCAUGAGAGCCCCAGGUCUUCAUUAGGACCUAGCGACAUUGUUGCACUCGUGAAAGUCUUCGUUUUAGAAUGGAGCCAGGAGUUCAACUACCAGAUGUACCACCAGCUCCCUAUCAACCUGCUCUUCGGUUAG